GCCGAAGUUGCGGCGGGGCGGCGGCCGCCCCUGUCGUUUCUCUCGAUGUCCGCGUAACUCGGCGGCGGCGAGCAGGAGAAGGCAGGGAGGACCCUCCCGCCUCAGCCCCGCUCGCCGCCCCGCUCCCCUCCGGCGGGCUGUUGUGCGAGAGAGACAGACAGACACACACACCCUGCGCCCCGUCCCGCCCCUUGCCCCGGGAGGCCAGGCCGGGCGCGGUGCUGCCGCCGCCGAUCGGGGCUCCCUGUGUCCGCUGCUCGAGGAAGAGAAGGAGCAGGAGGCGGAGGGAGCGCCCCGGCGGGCAGCGGCGCAGCCAUGAGCGGCGGGGAGGUGGUCUGCUCGGGCUGGCUCCGAAAGUCCCCGCCGGAGAAGAAGUUGAAACGCUACGCAUGGAAGAGAAGGUGGUUUGUGCUUCGGAGCGGCCGCUUAACGGGGGAUCCAGAUGUAUUAGAAUACUAUAAAAAUGACCAUGCCAAGAAGCCUAUCCGUAUUAUUGACUUAAAUCUGUGUCAACAAGUGGAUGCUGGAUUAACGUUCAACAAAAAGGAGUUUGAAAACAGCUAUAUUUUUGAUAUCAACACUAUAGACCGAGUUUUCUAUUUGGUAGCGGAAAGCGAGGAGGAGAUGAAUAAGUGGGUUCGAUGUAUCUGUGAUAUCUGUGGGUUCAACCCUACAGAUGAGGAUGCUGUGAAGCCACCAGUUAGUUCUUUACAACCAUCUGCUGAGUUACCCUUGCCCAUCAACACUUCACUGCCUUCCACGCAAGCAGAAUCUUCCCUUCCUUCUCCUUAUCGGCUUAUUAACGUCCCCCCUCUGGAGUCUUCCUCUGGUCAAGAAGAUCCUCAAGACUACUUACUGCUAAUAAACUGUCAAAGUAAAAAACCUGAACCUAUGAGAUCUCAUGCUGACUUUGCAAAAUCCAGCUCUUCAGAAACAGACUGCAACGAUAACCUGCCCUCCCACAAAAACCCUGCUGCAGCAGGGAGCAAGCACGCUGUGAACGGCUUCUUCCCGCAGCAGGGUGUCUACGAUUCCCCACCUGCCCGCUCCGCGCUGACGCUGGCAGACUCCAGCCUCUACAACCUGCCUAGGAGUUACUCCCAGGAUGUUUUGCCCAAGGCAGUGUCUCCAUCUGGAACUGAUGCCGAAGGAGAGCAACAUGUUUUCAAUACCCCAUCAGCAACGUCAUUAGACACACAGAUGAGGCACAUCUCCAUUAGCUAUGACUUUCCCCCCACACCUGGAGGUACUUAUCAGAUCCCACGAACUUUCCCAGAGGGAACACUGUCUCAGACUUCAAAACUGGAGACUAUUCCAGACAUCCCUCCACCUCGGCCGCCCAAACCUCACCAGGCAGCAGAUCGAUCUCCUGUGGAAACCUGUAGCAUCAGUCGCACUGCUUCAGACACUGACAGCAGUUACUGCAUUCCUGCCGCAGGAGUGCCGCCCUCACGCAGUAACACCAUUUCAACGGGAGAUCUGAAUGUCUUCAGGAAAGAAAUUAGUUCUCAAGACUGUUAUGAUAUUCCACGAACGUUUCCGAAUGACAGAUCUAAUUCAUUGGAGGGCUUCCAUAACCACUUCAAACACAGAAGCAUGUUGACAGUGGGAAGUGUUUCAAGUGAAGAACUAGAUGAAAAUUAUGUCCCAAUGAAUCCCAACUCUCCUCCACGACAGCAUUCCAGUAGCUUCACUGAACCCAUCCAGGAAACAAACUAUGUACCAAUGAUACCUGGCACAUUUGAUUUUCCAUUGUUUGGAAAGCAAGUCCCUCCUCCUGCUCACAUGGGUUUCAAGUCCAGCCCAAAGACCCCUCCCAGACGGUCGGUACCUGCUGCAGAAUGUGAGCCACCGCCAGUGGACCGGAACCUCAAACCAGACAGAAAAGCAAAACCAGCUCCACUAGAAAUAAAACCUCUGCCUGAGUGGGAAGAAUUACAAGCUCCAGUUAGAUCUCCUAUCACCAGAAGCUUUGCACGAGACUCCUCCAGGUUUCCCGUGUCUCCCAGACCGGAUUCAGUUCAUAGCACAACUUCCAGCAGUGACUCGCAUGACAGUGAAGAGAAUUAUGUAUCCAUGAACCCAAAUCAGUCCACUGACGACCCAAAUUUGUUUGGAAGCAAUAGCCUUGAUGGAGGAAGCAGCCCUAUGGUAAAACCUAAAGGAGAUAAGCAAGUGGAAUAUUUAGAUCUGGACCUAGAUUCGGGAAAGUCUACCCCGCCUCGUAAGAAGAAGAACAGUGGCUCAGGCAGCAGCAUGGCAGACGAGAGGGUUGAUUACGUUGUGGUGGACCAGCAGAAAACGCUGGCCCUGAAGAGCACGCGAGAGGCAUGGACUGAUGGCAGACAGUCUACGGAGUCCGAGACACCCACGAAAAGUGUGAAGUGAAAACACUGCUUUGUCUUUGAAGAAUGGAGAGAACUGAAUUUUGAAGAAUCACAGAACCAUAAUGGUAGUGUUGUUCAGCUGUACAGUACCUGAUUCCCUGGGGUGGGAAUCAGUUCCUCACCAAAUAGGUUGGAAGCCAAAAGACACUUUGAAUAUAUCAAAGGAACUUUAAGAUCAUGAAUUGGCUCUGUGGUGUCUGGAAAAAUCACAGCCUGUAAAUAACCUGUAAAAUAAUCUCACUUAGCUUUCAGAAAGUCUUUUGUUCUGUAGUUAACACAUUUGUGGUAUUACAGUGUUUAUGCACUUUCUCAGUUACAAUGUUGGUUCAGGUAUUCACAGUUAGUGUACCUUAAUGUCUAAUUCAUCUGGAGAAUUCUUUUUUCCUUACACUACUAUUCCUCACAAUUUUAGGUUAAUUAAGCUACAUGUAGAUAUGGAAAUUAAUAUUUGGACUUCAUUUUAACAACUCAAAAUUUAUUUUGCAGAAAUACUUUCACAAUUGAAUAAUCUACUUGAAAUGCCAAGAGACAACUGUUAGUUACAUACUUGUUUAUAUUUAAUACAUACAAGAUUAUUUGGAAGUCUACAGGUUACCUUCCUAACAAAAAAUUGCUGUGAGUUAAUAAUAAUGAACUGUACUGGGUUUAGACCUAAAAUCCUGGCUUAUAUGUUAGUUGUUAGUGGUGGAACUUCUAUUGUAUUUUAUUAAUGACAGUGUUCUGUGUUCAGUGGGUGAAGAUUCUGCAGGGUGGGAUCUUACACUUUCAAAGACUGAAUAAUUAAAUGUCAAGUAAGCCUGCAAACCACUGAUGGCAUGCAGUAAUAUUGUGAUCUCACACUUAUUAACAAGAAAUAACCUUUAUAUUAUUUACAGAAGGUAGAGUAUAUAAAUCAGGUACGUACCAAGCACUGUUGUGCUAAUACACUGAUCAGGUUUAGACAAUGAGCUUUAGUUUUGUACUGUUUAGAAGUUCUAAUGUCAGUUUUCAGUACAAGAUUAAUGGGACAGUUUGACUUUCACUUUUUGUAGUGCUAGCAAAAUACUGUGAUUUUGAAUUAGACAUUAAUUCAAAUGGAAAUACUAUGUUUUAACACCAUAGUGCCCUUCUUAUGAGCUCUAUUUUACUUUAAUCUCCUGCUUGGCCUUAUAUUUAAAUUCCUAUGCAACUGAUAUUUUAUAUCUCUGUUUUUAAAAAUUAGAUAAUAUACCUGAAUGAUCCCCUUGUAAACCACUUGUUGCUCUUUCCUGGUACCGGAUUUUAAACUCUGUAUACUGUGAUCCUUUAUUUUACUAUGCCAGUUCCAAAUAAUAAUCUGCCUUGGUUUAGAAACAAUUUUUUGUUAUUUGGAAGAAGAUAGAAUUCUUUAAAUACAUGAAUGAGUUAGGUCUAGAUAGAAAACUUACUAACACUUUUGUUUUAUACAAAUGUCCUCAAUUAAGUGGUUGGUUUCAUUUUAUUGCCCAGUUGGUGUUUUUUUGUCCAGAUCAUUUAAAAGAUGAGUUUAAAGCUGCGUUGUUUUCUGGCAUGUUGGCCUUCAUACUGUGCCUAAUCUACCAUUGGUUGUUUCUCUUCCCUAACAGCCACAAUUUACAGUAUGUAAAUUUUCUUAUUCUUAACAAAGGUUCUUUUAAAAUUAGUAAUAUUUUGAUGCUUUGAAUGUUCAUUUUAAAAAAGAAACUAAACACAGUGCAUUUUGAGGUGAAUUUUAAAUAAAUCAAGUUGUUCUGUUUUGGUGUGUAAAA